AUGGCAAGUCAAGCCUGGCAGCUGGAGUCAUCCCUGCGCCGCUCCGCCAGACUCGGCCUGGAAGUACUGGAGAGAGCGUCGAGACGGAGAGUAGACUGGUCUAGUAGUGUGAGUCCGUCUCCCAAUACAACAUCAACGGAUGGCAACGCCGGGAAUGAGGUAGGCCUACGUGUAAUAGUUUUUAUGUCUUCGCUAUCGUCUUUUCUCUGGUUUCUUUUAACUAUAUGGAGUAAUGGGAAGUUUUGGAAACUUCUAUGUGUCAUUAUCAUAUCAUCCCCAACUGUCAAUAUUUAGGUUCUGGGAAACUCAGCCCACACAAGCCUGGAUGAUGCUUUUGAGACCAUAGCGGAAUUCAUGGCACAGACAACAUAUCAAUGCAAGGUACUGUAUGUGCUCCAACCCAAUCCUAUUGCUGUUACUUUUUGCAUGCAUUGGUGAAUGCCUGGUGAAUAUGUUUGUUUGUGGUCCUCUGUAGCUCAGCUGGUAGAGCACGGCGCUUGUAACGCCAAGGUAGUGGGUUCAAUCCCCGGGACCACCCAUACACAAAAAAAAAUGUAUGCACGCAUGACUGUAAGUCGCUUUGGAUAAAAGCGUCUGCUAAAUGGCAUAUUAUUAUUAUUAUUAUUAUUAUUUGUAUUACAGAACUUUUACACGCCAGAGACUGAGCCUAUGGAAAAUGAGAGAACCCAUGUGUGCAAAUACCAUUCUCAAUCUCACCAACGCCCAGGGACCACACUGCAGAUCAGGAAACAUGUAAGGCAAAGUUACAGCCUUUCAGUGCAGCAACCUGACAUAUUGUACAUUUAGAAAUUCAAUUUGAAAUGGCUUUACUUGUCAUAGUCAUGUGUUUGAGAUACUAAGGUAUGCCUGUGUUUCUCCAGGCACGGUCAUCACCUGAGGAUUUCCACAUUGAGGUGUCACCAGGUACCUAUGCGAUUACCGCGGGAAUGCAGGACUCGCAGCAACAGACCCGGCUAGUACGCAUUAAUGCAGGAGAGAGUAUGAACCUCACCUUUCACCUCUAA